AACGAAAGGAACGGGAAACCAUUUCAGUGCUAGCCCAAUAAAACGCAAUAAAAGAAUAUUUAAUGACGGAGGCAAAUUUAGCAGUUGGAAAUUGUCGGCUAGAGUUCGCAGGAUAUAAAAACAGCAGUAAUAUGCCACAUACAAUCUUUACAUACAGAAAUUGCCCUUGGCAGGAUUCAAACUGAAUUCAUCACAGAGUGAUUUUUGAAGUAGCUUAUUGAUUGAAGAUGGCGAGAAAGCCAUCCUCGAAUCUUGUGAACCUCGUGCUCUUAACAGUGGCUUGUAUCUCUCCAAGAUUCAGCGAGUGUGAAUUGGAAGUCAGUAAAAGGGAAAGUCUCUUUCUUAUAGAAAAUGGGGUUAAAUCAAUUACCGACUCCUACAAGUCCGUCUAUGUCGCGGAUGCUUUCGAGUGUAGCGCGCGAUGCAUGGCCGAGGCUAACUGCUCCUCCGUAAACUACCACGAUGGCAAAGCUCCCAUGAACCUUUGCGAAAUGAUCGCAGACACGGGUCAGCAACUUACCACAAAAGCAAGUGCGCAUGCACGAAUGACAAGAAUCGAGAAUUUGUGUGAGAGGGACUCGUGUUCAGCCAGCGCUAAGUGUCACGUGGUCUACGGGCUGGAAACUCCCAGCUGCGAGUGUCCCGCGGGGUUCACGGGACGAGACUGCGAGCUUCCAAAGACGAUGAAAAUUGUGGUUCGAUCGGAAGGCGAUAAUGAUCCUGGUCAAAUUGGAUCACACGGGAUAGUAGAUGGAAAAGACUUCUCGGUCAACCAAAGGGGGCACAACGUCGCAUCAUUCACGAUGGCCGGUUCCCUGAUCUCCAAAACUUGCUUUGACACAUACGGUGAUCCAUCAGCGGGCGCAAAAAUGCGGGACUACAUCACAGCACUUCCGGACAACACCCUUAUCCUCAUCGCCAUUCGGGAUACAGGGAACAGCUACGUCACAGAUGCCCAUGAGGCACUGCGGUCGAUCGGCGCCAAAGAUCCCCUGACUCCGGCUUUUCGAGCCUCGUGGUGGCUGAUUGGUCACAAGGGGGGAUCACGUGAUUGGGUGAAGCAGGGAGGUGCUGACCAAUUCAAAGGGCCGUCAGGGGGAAACACGAGUAUCCCCAGGGAGGGGUGCUUUCUUAACGGCCAUCCGACGGAAGAGUGGUGUUAUCUGUGACCGGAUGCUGCGUUUGGUAACUGUUGCCUUUGGUCUGAAGUGCUAGAUAGAGGAUUCCUUGUGGUCUCAUAUUUUUCGUAGUCUGUAAAUGCAAAUAGUUUGGGCAUCUGUAGCAUGAGAGGGAUAUAUCCUCGUCAAGCAAAACAAUUUAAGUGUUUACAAGUUUACAAACAUAUAAAUAGGGACGAUUUAUGAAUAGAAACGAAAGGAUUGUUAGGUUUCUUCCAAAUUUACUAUUUUUGGUUGCUAACGAAAUUCAUUUAAGCUUACUCAUGCGAAAAAAAAAAUAAGAAAAUAGAAUAAGAAAUUCAAAUUCUAGUUAUGUCUGUUAGGCUAAGUUCAAACGUCGUAUUAUCCAUGAGCCUUAUUUAAUGCAACUGCAUGCAAAUGAAUCAAGUCGAUUGUUUCAUCCCAUUUGCAUGCAAUUUUCUUUCAAUGGUAACGAUUUCGAGCAUGAGUUGGCAUUUCCGAGAAAAUGACCAGAUGACAGGAGAAAUGGAAUGACAUAAACAAAUACAGCUGUGCUCUAAGCCGUACCUGGCAUCUACAUGUCAAGUUAAAUAAUCUUAUAAAAAUAAUUCGAAUUUAAAUAAAAUUAGAAUCCGCAAUAAACGGUUAGUAAAUAGCUAGAAUAAAAUAUACAACAUGAUGAUUACACUAAACACUGAAGAUUUAAUCGAAGGAGAACGAAGAAUCGCCACCUUUGCUAUGGAUGUUCUAUAUAUCAAAUAGUUCUACAGUCGGGAUUACUAGAACAGCUUUUAUUCCCUGGACCAUCUCUGGAAAGACCGAUCACUUAAGAAAUAAAUUAAGGUCAAGCACUUUCGUGUGGCUUAUAGCAACAUACGGGUCGGAAAGCUGGAAUCCCAAGAAGGAAGUCAUCAACAGUAUUGAAGCCCUCGAGAUGUUGGGUUACGCCGUAUCCUUAAAGUGAGUUGGACAGACCAUCGAACAAAUGGGUCUAUUCUAAACGAGCUGGGUGUAUGUCGGAUGCUCCUGAAGACGACGCAGACAUCAAUACUUUGGCCGCGCGUGGUGGAAACUUGUCCUCUGGAGGUACUGGUUAUGGGGAAAAAGGAAGGCAGGAGAGACAUUGUACAUAGCGACAUCAGAGAUUGGACUGGACCGUCUAGGUCCAAGUGCUCCGCCAUAACCCAUGACAGAGCGGGUUGGCAUAAUCUUUGUAAUAACCCCAGAAUCGCCGAACCUCAACCACGAGGAUGGCAAUAGGCAAGGCAAGGCGGUCUGCGGAUUCAAAAAUUAUCGAAGGGAAGGGGUCUAAUUUUGGGGUUUAGGUCAUAUUCUCUUAGUAGGGCAAAGAAAUAAAUAUAACUGUAUUUGAAUGAAUAUAAAACAAACUUGUAAGAAAACCAUUAUUUAACGGUACCAACUGACACGACAUUUGCUUGUGGUUUGAUUAUUAAACAAUUCAAACAAUCCGUUUCAAUCAGAAAUUGAUUUAAAUUCGCUAAGCAUUAACAUAACUUUCAUCACGGUUGGAGUUGGCGACAAUGAGGGAAGUUUCAGCAAAGUUGGCGUUUUUGGCGGCGCUAUGCUUUUUUGUCGGGUAUUGCUUGAGCGAAGAUGAUG